ACGUAAUUUUCCGAGGAGCAGUGAACGCAACAUCGGGAUCCUGUACCUCCGUGGAGAGAUUAGUGGCACAGUGUUGCGUUUGCGCUUUAAAAUUCCUGUCAGAGUAGCACUUAGUAUGACUUAUGUAUUGUCUGUGAUUAUGUUAGACCUGAAUUUGGUGUGUUUGUGAAACUGUCAGCAGAGAGAAAUGUCAUGUCGAAGGAGUGGAGUCGAAUGCAAAGUGUGUGCUGCCGUUGGAGGAGGCAGGACUGAAGGGAGCGAGUGAGCUGAAGUUUACUGCUGUUUCCUCGAGAACAAAGAGGACCAUUUUCUUUUUUGUGCCAUUACUCGACGCCAUCCUAUAGCUGAGAAAAAUAAGAUUUAACAUGGAAGACGCACUCUGCCACCGUCCUUGCGCUGGAAACGCAGAUCAUGGAACAACAGGAAGAGCCAUCUGAGAGAAACUGAUUGGAAUUUUUUCCUGAUCUUCACUUCAUCAAAUCACCAACAGCAAAUUUCUCAAGCCAACUAAAUGUAAACCAUCAUUUGUGUUGAGUUACCAUGGAUAUUUUUCCGCGGCCAAGUGGUGAAAUCCAGAGAAAGAACCCUCAACAUGAUUUUGAGCUCAUUCAGAAGGUGGGAAGCGGCACAUAUGGAGACGUGUACAAGGCUCGUAACAAACACACAGGAGAGCUUGCUGCUGUGAAGAUGAUAAAGUUGGAACCUGGGGAUGACUUUUCCAUCAUACAGCAGGAAAUCUUCAUGGUGAAGGAAUGUAUGCACCACAAUAUUGUGGCCUACUUUGGGAGCUACCUCUGUCGGGAGAAACUUUGGAUAUGUAUGGAGUACUGUGGUGGUGGAUCACUGCAGGACAUUUAUCACGUGACAGGACCUUUGUCAGAGCUUCAGAUAGCAUAUGUCUGCAGAGAAACCAUACAGGGUUUGGGAUAUUUACACAGCAAGGGAAAAAUGCAUCGUGACAUCAAGGGUGCCAAUAUACUCCUAACAGACAACGGAGAUGUGAAGUUAGCUGACUUUGGAGUUGCAGCCAAAAUAACAGCCACCAUUGCUAAAAGAAAGUCCUUUAUUGGAACACCUUACUGGAUGGCACCAGAAGUAGCCGCAGUAGAAAAGAAUGGUGGUUACAAUCAGCUGUGUGACAUCUGGGCUGUUGGUAUCACUUCCAUAGAGCUUGCCGAGCUGCAGCCCCCAAUGUUUGACCUGCACCCAAUGAGGGCCUUGUUUUUGAUGUCUAAGAACAGUUUUCAGCCUCCAAAGUUAAAAGACAAAAACAAGUGGUCCACUGCUUUCCAUAAUUUUGUCAAGAUGUCUCUGACAAAGAACCCAAAAAAGAGGCCAACUGCAGAAAAACUACUUUCCCACGUAUUUGUGUCCCAGCCGGGUUUGACAAGAAGGCUUGCUGUUGAACUUCUCGAUAAAGUAAACAACCCAGACAGCCACCAGCAUUACAGUGAAGUGGAUGAUGAUGACCUCGAGCCCCUAUCUGCAGUCAGACACACCAUCCGAUCCACCAACAAACAUGCCAGAGCUGAAAGGACGCGUUCAGAGAUAAACUCAAACAAUGGGACAGACCAAGGAGGGCCAUGCUCGAGCCCUAGCUUCACUGAGGGACACUGGGGGGAAGCAGUCGACAAGCUCCAGUUUGAACCACCACUCCGCAAGGAAACCGAAGCUCACUCUGAAAUGGAUGUGAGUAAAGAUAAUGACUUCUCGUCUCCAUGGAGUCCUUUUCCAGAAGGUGGAAUUACAAGCAGAAGGAGCCUUCUCAAAAGUGUUGAAGACGAAUUGUUCCAACGCGGACACGUUGCUCACCUCGAAGAUGCCUUUGAAGAUGCAGAGCUGUCAACGCUCAAGCCAGGGGUUCCUCCUCCUCUGCCUCCAAAGCCUCGAUUAAACAGUUCAUCAGAGGAACUUGGCCUUAAUGAUGAGCGGUGUCUGACAGUACGGCGGUUCCCUAACUCGGCGAAUGGACAUAACCAGGCAGCCCGCAGACAGAGUACUCCUGAGCAGGGCAUCAAAGUUGAGCGCUCGUCCCCAGAUUUCCUUUCUGUGAGCGUCAGCAGUCCUGGCCUUUUGUCUCAUGCGUCUGAUCCAGCUCUCAAUAAAUCAGUAAGUAAAAAUACUGAUUCAGAAGGCAGUGUGAAUGGAGGCAGUCCCAAGCCACCACUACACCGGAAGGAGAAGAAGGAAUUCCCUAAACCAGCUAUCAAUGGUCUUCCACCCACUCCUAAAGUACUGAUGGGAGCCUGUUUUUCUAAAGUGUUCGAUGGCUGUCCACUUAAAAUCAACUGUGCUACGUCCUGGAUCCAUCCAGACACCAAAGAUCAGUACCUCAUCUUUGGGACAGAGGAUGGCAUCUACACGCUGAAUCUUAAUGAGCUGCAUGAAGCCACAAUGGAACAGCUGUUCCCAAGGAGGUGUACAUGGUUGUAUAUUAUCAACAACAACCUGAUGUCUUUAUCGGAAGGGAAAACCUUCCAGCUGUACUCUCACAAUCUCAUCGGGCUGUUUGAACAGCUGAGAAAACCUGGUCUCGCUGCUCAGUUCCAGACUCACCGCUUCCCAGACAAAAUACUGCCCAGGAGAUUUGCCUUGACAACUAAGAUCCCCGACACAAAGGGCUGUCACAAAUGUUGCAUUGUGAGAAACCCCUAUACAGGCCACAAGUACCUGUGUGGAGCAUUGCAGUCUGGGAUUGUCUUGUUGCAGUGGUAUGAGCCCAUGCAGAGGUUUAUGCUCAUCAAGCACUUUGACUUUCCUCUUCCCAGUCCGCUGAAGGUGUUUGAGAUGCUGGUGGUCCCAGAGCAGGAGUAUCCCCUGGUGUGUGUGGCCAUUAGCCAGGGCACAGAGCCAGGCCAGGUGGUCCAGUUUGAGACCAUUAACCUGAAUUCCUCAUCCUCCUGGUUCACAGAGAUUGGAACAACUGUUCUUCCCACAGGUAAUCAGCAGGUGGAUGCUAUCCAUGUUACCCAACUGGAGAGAGACACAGUGUUGGUGUGUUUGGACCAAAACUUGAAGAUUGUUAAUCUCCAGGGCAAACUAAAGUCUAACAAGAAGCUGGCAUCUGAGCUCAGUUUUGACUUCUGCAUUGGAUCUGUUGUAUGCCUUCAAGACAGCGUCCUGGCCUUCUGGAAACAUGGCAUGCAGGGAAAGAGCUUCAAAUCCAAUGAGGUCACCCAGGAGAUUUCUGACCCAAGUCGAGUCUUCCGCCUACUUGGAUCUGACAGGGUGGUGGUGUUGGAGAGCAGACCGACAGACAACCCCUCAGCUUUCAGCAACCUCUACAUUUUAGCAGGUCACGAGAACAGUUACUGACCACAAGGUUUUGAAAUAAGUUCAUGGAGGUCCCUCAGGUUGGACACCAGAUCUUCACCAGAAAACCAGCCGUCUUGAAAACUCACAUUGGGGAGCUUUUGUUACUGAAGAAGAUUGUGACUUUUCUGUGCAGCUUCAGGAGUCGCCUUAAAGCCGCACCACACCUUAUCAAAAUCAGACUGUCACCAGCAGAAUGUGAAAGGCUCACACCCAUGUCGUUACCCAACAUCCUCUUCGCCUUUCUCAAGACUGGACUGAAUUAGAUUUGAGCGUUUAGUGGGGGGAAGUACCAUGAAAAUUCACAGGAAGCUGUGAUUGUGUCUUCAAACAAUGGAGGGUUUUUGUCUUUAACUCGCUGUCAGUGGAAUGAAAGGACUUUACAAGCUCAUUAGUCAAACUAAUAGAUCAGUUUAAAGAGAAACCCACAAGCCCAGUGGGGUAUUGAAUCAAUAUUUAUUAAUCUGAUAAGUAUUGGGGUAUGUUUGAUUUACACACCAUGGUAACAGUGACGCUGCAGUCCUGCUGUGAAUAGGAUUAACUACCUAGUAAACUGUUUCUGAGCAGAUUUGGGUCAUUUUUACUGCUAUGUAAUAUAGUUGCAUUGCUCCUGCUGCAGUUUUAGAAGUUGAACAUUGUGUAAAUUUUUUCUUUACCCUGUCUUUUAUAGACCUUUUAAUCCUCAUUAUUUGCACCAUGUAAGCACUUUUGUACAUGUUUUUUAUUUAAAGUAAAAUGACAAAAUUGGGGACAUUGCUAGAUUUGUUAACAUCUGUGCAUUCCCUUUGCAACACAUUUAAUGUAUGCUGGGGUUUUUUUUUUUUUUUUUUUGUAAUAAAAACAAAGUGUUAACAAAGUGA